CUUCAGUCCUUGCGUGUUUUGUUCUAGUCAUGACUUUGAUGUGCGUGUUCUUCGGAUUUUUGGAAAUCACAAACGGUUUUGUUAAUGUUGCUCUAAACAAACCAGCACAUCAACUGUACCCAUACAGAUCAGGCGACGAUAGAUGCGACGCAAGUAACGCUGUAGACGGACGUAAAUCUGACCUGAAUUUGUGGGGAGGUCAAUGUGCUGUAUCGGCUGAUUACAAACAAACCGCCACCUGGUGGGUGAAUCUAACAAGCAUCCACAACAUCCAUCACAUCACCAUAUACUUCUUGACAAACAAUGCACCCACAUUAGAUUUCCAGAGAACAUAUGCCAACUUCUAUCUUGGAUUCUCUUUAUACGUCUCAAAAACUACAGACAUGCAUCAGGGGACUCUAUGUUUCAAGGACAACCACUUCACAAUGUAUACCCUCCCUGCCGUCUUCACCGCCACCUGUCAUGCACAUGGACAAUACGUCAUCUACUACAACGAGAGACGAAAUACUUACCGCCGAGGCUUCACCCUCAAUGUUUACAGUAACCUCUGCGAAGUUGAAGUUUAUGGUUGUCCUAAAACAGGAUUUUACGGAUCUCACUGUUCCAUUCCCUGUCCAGACGCUAACUGUCAGUACUGUCACAUAGAAACGGGCACCUGUCAAAGCUGUAAACCCGGGUUCAGGGGUCAACGCUGUGAAUUUGCUUGUUCAGUUGGAUAUUUUGGACAAGACUGUACUGAAAAAUGCAAAAGUUCUUGUAAAGGCUGUAACCAUGUUACUGGUCUAUGCGAUUCAGGCUGUCAGUCUGGAUGGAUCGGGGACUUCUGUGAGCAAGAAUGUAAAGAAGGGAAUUACGGAGACGAAUAUAUUCUUGACUGUGGGCGCUGCAGAAACAAGACCAAAUGCCAUCAUGUGGACGGAACAUGUGUAGAUGGGUGUGAACCAGGAUACAAACUAGAAUACUGCCAGCAACCUUGCGAAAAAGGACUGUAUGGUGUUGACUGCAGGGAGUUUUGUGGACACUGUCAUGACAUAAGUCAGUGUUCCAAUAUCAAUGGGACAUGUUUGACUGGAUGUGAUGCUGGUUAUGAAGGUGUACUGUGUAAACAGCCUUGUGAUGAAGGUUCAUAUGGAGGAGACUGCAAUGAGACAUGUGGACAUUGUCUUGACGUCAAACAGUGUUCCAAAAUUAAUGGAACAUGUUUAACUGGAUGUGAUACAGAUUAUAAAGGUGACACGUGUAAAGCACUUAUCGAUUGGUCGAAUUCUACAGCGACUGAAACCGACAGGAAACUGAAGGACUGGAAUAAAUAUAUACGAUCCGUUUUAUCGAUUUGUCGAAACCUACAGCGACCUAGGAAAAAUCAAACACUGCACACAAAUAUCAUGAUGAUAUCAGUCUCAAGUUUCCGCAUGAAUGACCGAGGUCGUUGUGGAAUUUGCUGUGUUUGUUGUGGACUGUUUUGCUGGAGAGUGAAACGUUUUAUAGAAGGAUCAAAUCAAAACAACGAUAACCGCCUAAAUUCUGAGGGACUGUUCAACGCAGGUCUUACUUUGGAAGAAAGUCCUGAAGUCCGGAAUGCCCCCCUUGAUGUCUCCUUACAAUCUUUGGAUCCGUCGUCAAACGGCGAAAAUGUCCCUAUUCAACACUCAGAUCACCAAUUGCAUACCAGAGAAGUGAGUGCUCAAAUGGAGUCACGCAUUGUCAAAACUGUCCUGAGCACAGGAGUGGAUCGGCAAAGGGUGAUGCAGGUCAUAGAGAGAAGGCUAAGAGAGACAGGUGAUAACUUCUUAAAUCCGGAAGACCUGCUAAACGCAGUUUUGACCUUGCAGCAGAAUCAUGUGUCUCCACAGCAAGACAACACAGACACUAGCCAGCCACCUAUGAUCGAAGUUGUCCUGGACACGGGAGUUAAUUGGAACAGCGUUAUGCAGGUCAUAGAGAGGAGACUGAUAGAGACAGGUGUAAACUAUCAAACUGCUGAAGAGUUGCUCGAUGCUGUAAUAACUUUGGAACAGAAUUCUGAGACAAACAGUACCUACCAACAUCCAGAUUAUGAAGAUUAUAUCGCGGCCAUGGUUUUAGAAGAGAGUCAAGGGAGCGACUUUAUCAUUCCAGAUACCACACCACUACCUUAUACAAGCGGUGACAGUCUCAAUGCUAACACUUUAACAUCUGAUCAUCCAGUUGACACUGAAGUCCUUCGUGUUGACAUGCAGCAGCCUAUUGUCCUGUCUGUUUUGGAGACUGGAGUAGAUCGAAACGACGUGAAAACAGUCAUUGAGAGAAGACUAAGCGAAACAGGAGAGGAUUUCCCUAAUGUUCAGGAAUUGAUGGAUGCUGUCCUUGCUUUCGAUAGUAAUACCAGGUACUCAAAUGUCCAUCAAGGUAUCUCCAGAUUACCUGUACCUCUUGAUGCAUCCCCUGGCAAUGCCAGCUAUCGAACUCAAGCUGCAAAAUUGGCAGAAGAGAAUCGCCAACUAAGGCAGCAGAAGGUGUGCAAGGUCUGUUUGGACGCUGAGAUUGGGAUGGUCUUUCUGCCCUGUGGACACCUGUGUUGUUGUCAGGCGUGUGCUCCCAAUGUUGGACAGUGUCCAGUAUGUAGGGCAAACAUUAAUAACAGAGUGCACGUGUUUAUUCCGUAAAAAACUUCAACAACCGUGUGUCAUGUUAUUUAUAAUAUGGAAAAGAAAUCGAAUGCAAUGGAAUGUGUAAUGUGUUUGCCACAUUUUUCAUCAGAUUAAUGUAAACAUGGAUAUAUCACAUAUUAUACAAUGACCUGUAAAUAAUUAUAUAGAAUAAAAUAUAAAUAUCAAUGUAAGAAAUUUUUGAGGAAAAAAAUGGUUUAUUCUUAUUCGCCGAUAAUUGGCUUCUAUAAUGACUACUACAAAGCCUUCGAAAUAAUAUUUCUACAACAUAUAACCGGGGGUCGUUUUUAAAUUAUACGAUUUAAUUAAACAUAUUGUACUUUUUGUUUCAAUAAUUGACAUGUGUGUAUAUACAAUUGUUACACUAGCGGUUUAAUUAAUAAUAAGUGGCUAGUUUGUAUAAAAACAUAUUGAUAGCUUUGGCUUAUCUGAUAUAGGCAUCAGUAAAAUCUUAUUAUAUGUCCACAAAUUAAAUAGUGAACUACAGAGUUCCUCAAAAGGUUCAUUUAAAUUGAAAGUGCGACUUAUGUAAAGCCAAUCAAAUUGGCGAUGAACUUUAUUAUAUUUUAGAAUGUAGUGCAUUGUCACAUUUCAGAAAUUAAUCAUUAUCUUAAAAACCUAAACAAGUUGAUAUUUAGAACUCUUAUGUCAUCUUCAUAUCAUCUUCAAACCAUGUAUUUGUUAUAAGAAUGUGUACUUUAAUUAGUAAAGUAUUUGAUUUGGUCGGUCAUCCUACGUAAGAACUACAUAAAAUUCAUUGUUUAUUUUAUUAUUCUGUUAUUAUUAUAUUAUUAUACUUUUGUAUAUCAUUCUUCUGUACC